ACUCGAAUCUGAAGGGAAAAAAAUGUAUAAUAAGCACGAAAUAAAUCAAAAUGUAUGAAAUAAGCUCCCGACAAGUCGACGCAUGUGCAUAUACGAUGAUCGUUCUCACCGGAAUCGCCGUCAUCUCCCGCUUCUUUCUCCGCGGCCUACGAAAGGAGCCCUUUCGUCCUGAAGAUGUCUUCAUACUUUUCGCAUAUGUGACCUUCAAUAUCCUCGCUACAAUUACCCUCGUCGUGGUUCCCGUUGCAUAUCAAAUUAUGGACGUUAGUGCGGACGUGAAGCCUAUAUAUAACGACUUGUUCGAUGAUGAAGUGUUUCAACUCAAGAUAUUAUUUGCAAGCAAUAUACUGUUUCCGAUGGUGUUGUGGUCGGUUAAAUUCUCGUUGUUGGCACUUUCGAAGAGGGUGAUGUACCAGCAGUUUGAGUGGAUUAGGGCUUGGAUGGUUGUGGUUGGGCUUGUGAUUUUGACUUAUGUUGGUAAUUGGAUUUCGACAUUGUAUUCAUGUACUCCGAUUCAAGAUUACUUCAGACCAGGUGGCUGCACUAGCCCUCGAGACGUCCGAGCACAAGUCGCAAAUCUCUACUAUCUCGUUGCAUCAGAGAUUCUGACAGAUGUACUUAUCAUGGCACUCCCAAUCAUGUUCCUGCAUCAAUCGUGGGUCGGUCUUCCAACGGGAACAUACCGCCGAACAGCUGCAAUAUUUUCUGUUGGUAUUAUAUGCAUAGUUACAUCACUCGCUCGAGGAAUCACUAUUGGUACCAGGAUGAAGGUGGAUACGCCGACUUUCCCAUGGAUCGUAAUAUGGGAGAUGAUUGAAGGGGGUAUAGGUACGAUGCAUCUCAGAUACUAG